CCGGAUAUAAGCGCAUCAUCUCAGGCGUGCUGUGAGUGUGUUGAAUUAGCCUUGGCUGCUCUGCAAGGCCUAGCGGCGAGCAGAAAGCAGUUGAGGUGGAGUGACAUUCGCUGCGGCGUUUUAGCGUCUCUCAAUCCCGCUGCCAGAACUUCGGUGUUACUUUUUCAUGACAACACCGAAAAUACAAGUCGCCGACCUCAUUCCAUCCGCAACUUAACGACGGCAUCGCCGUAGCGCCGACGGCCACCAGAUACACGAGCGCUGGCGCAUGGCUAGCAAUAAACAAGCAAUUGCAUCUCGACCCGGCGAAGCGCAACCAACCAUGGCAGAGUACAAGAAGGCACAGGCGCGCGUGCGAGACUUGGUCGAUCGCCGCAGGCAGCUGGAACGGCGCCUGGCGGCGAUGGAAGAGAGCAUCGCCCAGAAGGAAACCGUCUACCUUGACAGCACCCCCAGCGGCAACAUCAUCACCGGCUUUGACAACUACAUGAAGGGCACAAGUGGCGCGGCUGCUCAGCGACGCAAAACGGGCCCGGCGGAACAGAACCGCGUGUUUUCGCGCUCAUCAAUUUCGUACCGACCGAAUAAUGGGGACUCUUCGGCUCCUGGAUCAGUAGGCUCGACUCCCGCACCGACACCCUUAUCCACCACGUAUCGAGACAGCGGGUCGGGCAAUCCUACGCCAACUUCCGCGGGUGGGAAUAAGGCGAAUAAGCCUAAAAAGAGAGACACGGAAGACAGCGAGAAUGAUGCGCAGACCAACAAGAAGCGAACGAACUUUGGGGCGUCGAGAAAAUGAGGGCUGAAAGGCUAACGGAUGUUGGCUUUUUUUUUGGGGGGGGAGGCCUCGGAGAUUUCUUGGGCAUACGGAUUGUGCCUCUCGGAAAGCGACCAAUGGAUAUAAUAUGAGCGUUUUAGAAGGAUAGCACAUGGCCGGAUAGGGAUAUUUGAUGUACACGGCGUUUGGGGUGGGGUUUAAUAGCUGAUUUAUAAGGUAUCUGUGAUUGAACAGCGUUGAAAGAUCUGGUAGAAGCAAGAUGAUGAUAACUAGAUGUCGUCUUCAUAAUAUCA